AUGUUUUUUUCGUCAAUCGUGGGGAUCGCCGGUCUGGUGAUGUUGGUGAAGGCCCAAUCAACAACAUCAACAGACCCAGUCACGCCAACGCCAUUCUACAGCACCAUCACAACUCUUCCCACUCGAACCGCUACAGCUAGAGCGACAGCUACUGGUGAUCCCAUGACUCAUACGAUUGCUGUUGGUGCAUCUGGCUUUUCCUUCUCGCCAGCAAGAGUGAGGGCCCAGGUUGGUGACACGAUAGAAUGGAUUUUCUACCCCGAUGGGCACUCAGUUGUACGUGCCGAGUACGGCUUCCCAUGCACGCCAUACGAGUACAUCGAUAUCGGUCGUGCAGGCUUCUACAGCGGCCCUCAACCUGUGAAAGCUAUCACAAAUGAUAUGCCACGAUAUAGAGUCCGAGUUAAUGACACCGACCCCAUCUUCUUUUACUGCGGUGCUCCCGGCUCUUGCUACAAAGAAAAGAUGAUCGGCGUUAUCAACGAAGUAAAGCGGCCCGCUCCUCUGCUAUGUAUUGCGUCGGUUCUAACACUUGACGGUCAGCUCGACGCAGCCCUUCCCUUGACAACUCAGAUCCUGCCCGGCGAGCCCUUCCCAACCGAGUCCGACCCAGCAAAAGGCGGGAACGUUAUCAACAACUUCCACCACAGUCUCAGCGGCGGCGCAAUCGCCGGAAUCGUCAUCGGAUGCGCGGCUUUCCUGCUCUUCGGCGGUCUCAUAGUCUACCUCUGCGGCCGGCGCGGCGGCUUCGACCGCGCUUACCGCCGUGCAACGAUGGCGUACCACCCGGCAUCUCCACCGGGCGCGGGAUCUCCACCUGUUACGGAGAUCAACUAUACCGCACAACCCAAGAAUCCCUCUACACAGGCGUGGAGGAACAGCCACUACAGUCAAGUCAGCACGGCCUACCACGACCAGGCAGCCCCUCUAGCCAACUUCCCCGGUGUUAGUCCCCCGACUAGCCCUCAGCCCAUCAGAUACCCCCAUGCUAUGAACGGGAUGCAACAAGCCUACUAUGACCACCGCGUUUCCUCAAUAGCACCUAGCGUCGCUCCCGUCGAGGUUCCUGACAAUCAGGCCGUGAUACCCCCUGCACCUGAGGCACCGCCGGCUGAGCUUCCCGUUUCUGAGAACUCGAGUAAUUCUACGCUGCCGGUCUACCAAAAAAGGCUUUCACUUACAGGGAAAGAAUCAGAGUACGCGCCGAAUAAGGAACUGGUAUAA